AGAAUAAGAACCAUGGAAAAGUAUGCUAGACUACAAAAGAUUGGAGAAGGUUCCUUUGGAAAAGCCGUUCUUGUUAAAUCCAAAGAAGAUGAUAAGCAAUAUGUUAUCAAGGAAAUUAGCAUCUCAAGGAUGUCUGGUAAAGAAAGGGAAGAAUCAAGGAGAGAAGUUGCAGUGUUGGCAAACAUGAAGCAUCCAAAUAUUGUCCAGUAUAGAGAAUCAUUUGAAGAAAAUGGCUCCCUCUACAUAGUGAUGGAUUACUGUGAAGGAGGGGAUCUGUUUAAACGAAUAAAUGCUCAGAAAGGCAUUUUGUUUCAAGAAGAUCAAAUUUUGGACUGGUUUGUACAGAUAUGUUUGGCCCUGAAACAUGUACAUGAUAGAAAAAUUCUUCAUCGAGACAUAAAAUCACAGAACAUAUUUUUAACCAAAGAUGGGACGGUACAACUUGGUGAUUUUGGAAUUGCUAGAGUUCUAAAUAGUACUGUAGAGUUGGCUCGCACUUGCAUAGGGACCCCAUACUACUUGUCACCUGAAAUCUGUGAAAAUAAACCUUAUAAUAAUAAAAGUGACAUUUGGGCUCUGGGGUGUGUCCUUUAUGAGAUGUGCACACUUAAGCAUGCAUUUGAAGCUGGAAAUAUGAAAAAUCUGGUACUGAAGAUAAUAUCUGGAUCUUUCCCCCCUGUAUCGUUGCAUUAUUCCUAUGAUCUCCGUAAUUUGCUCUCUCAAUUAUUUAAAAGAAAUCCCAGGGAUAGACCAUCAGUCAACUCCAUAUUGGAGAAGAAUUUUAUAGCCAAGCGUAUUGAAAAAUUUCUCUCACCACAGCUUAUUGCUGAAGAAUUUUGUCUAAAAACAUCUCAAAAAAUAGGAGCACAGCCUGUACCAGCCAAAAGGCCAGCUCCAGGACAAAACUCGGCCCCUGUUGUGCCUGCUCAGAAGAUCACAAAGCCUGCUGCUAAGUAUGGAGUGCCUUUAACAUCGAGGAAAUACGGAGAGGUUCCCAAAAAAGUGUAUGACAAGAAAUCAUUCCAAAAACAUAAACAGGCCCAUCAAACUACAGUGAAGAAAAUGAAUCGUGGAGAAGAAAGGAGGAAAAUGUUUGAGGAAGCACCAAGAAAAAGAAAAUUGGAAUGUAUUGAAAAGGAAAAGAAACAUAAGGAUCAGGUAGGGGGUUUUUUUAGCUUAAUGAAGGCUGAGCAGAUGAAAAGGCAAGAAAAAGAAAGGUUGGAGAGAAUUAAUAGGGCCAGAGAACAAGGAUGGAGAAAUGUGUUAAGUGCUGGUGGAGGUGGUGAAGUAAAGGCCCCCUUUUUUGUCAGGGGAGGAGCAGUUGCUCCACCUUUUUCUCCUCGAAGGCAGUAUGAACAUUACCAUGCCAUUUUUGAUCAAAUGCAGCGGCAAAGAGCAGAAGAUAAUGAAUCUAAGGGGAAAAGAGAACUGCGUGGCCGGGGUCUUCAAGAAAGGUAUGAAAUUUCACCUGGAGUACGGCCAGGAUUUCCUAAAGGGACUCCAGGUCCUCACCAUUUUCCCGAUGCUGAUGUUAUUAGAAAAACUUUGAAAAGAUUGAAGGCCAUGUCUAAACAAGCCAGUGCAAACAGGCAAAAAGGGCAGCUAUCUUGGGAAAGAGCUAAACAAGUGGAAGAGUUCCUACAACGAAAACAAGAGGCUAUGCAGAAUAAAGCUCGAGCCGAAGGACAUAUGGGAAUCCUGCAAAACCUGGCAGCUAUGUAUGGAGGCAGGCCCAGCUCUUCAAGAGGAGGGAAGCCAAGAAACAAAGAGGAAGAGAAAGAAGUUGAUAGUUUCAGAGUACAAGAAGGAAGUGAAGAGGCCGAGAUGAAGCACAAAAAAAUUGAAAUACUUAAGUCCCAAGUAAACGCACGUGCGUCUGUAUUAAAAGAACAACUAGAGCGGAAGAGAAAGGAAGCAUAUGAAAGAGAAAAGAAAGUAUGGGAAGAACAUUUGGUGGCUAAACAAAUCAAGAAUUCUGAUCUGUCUUUACCUUUGGGGCAGCGUGAAACGUCCGGCUCUCCAUCAAAACAACAGAUGAGACCUAUUAUUUCAGUGACUUCAGCUUUGAAAGAAGUGAGUAUGGACAGCUUAGGUGAUACCCAGGAAACCUCAGAAGAAAUGCAAAAGACCUGUAGCACUAUUUCAAGUAAACGAGAAAUACUACGUAGAUUAAACCAAAACCUGAGAGCACAAGAAGAUGAAAAAGGAAAUCAUCAUUGCUCUGACACUUGUAAGAUAAUUGUUCAUGAAGAUGCCAAAGAACGGGAAGGAGAAAAACCAGUUUCAUCUGAUCGUAAGAAGUGGGAAGCAGGAGGUCAACUUGUGAUUCCUCUGGAUGAAUUAACAUUGGAUUCAUCCUUCUCUGCCACUGCAAAAAACACAGUUGGAGAGGUUAUUAAAUUAGAUCCUGGUGGAUCUCCAAGAAAAGUUUGGGGCAAAAGUCCUACAGAUUCUGUUCUGAAGAUACUUGGAGAAGCUGAACUACAACUUCAGACAGAACUUUUGGAAAGCAUGACUGUUAGAAGUGCGAUUUCUCCAAAUGAAGAAAAAAGUAAACCAUUAAUCAUCGGAGAAGAAAAAGAACAAUGUGUCACACUUGAAAUAAAUGCAACUACUAUUGAUUCUCCUCCUAUUGAGAUUCCAAGUCCAAAGUUUAGGGACAUAUCUCCACAGAGAUCAUUGAAACCAGAAGGAAAUUUGGAUGACCCUGAGGAUUUGGAAACAGAGGUUCUACAGGAGCUAAAUGUAAUAAGCAAAGAUGAUAGCUUGCCAUGUGCCAUUACUGAGGUGUGGGCUGAGAAAAAAGAAACGAAGGAGCCUGAGUUGGAAGACAAAAUCAUCAUUCAGCAAAAAGAAGACACUGGAGAUGAAAUCCCGAGGAAUGUGAGCCAGUGUAAUGACGUUCAUAUAGAGCCUGAAAUAGAUGAUUAUUCACACUCUAAAUGUGACAUAAAUAAAUCUAUGCAAUUGGAACCAUUUUUUCAAAAAGUGAUUCAGCCUGAAGACUUGAAAAUAACUUCACAAGUUCUGUUAAGUCAGUGUUCACCAGAAGCAUCUUUUCCACUUCGAUCUCGCUCUGAUUCACCACCAAAAAACAAAAGCAAGAAUUCGUUGCUGAUUGGUCUUUCAACUGGUCUCUUUGAUGCAAACAACCCAAAGAUGUUGAGAACAUGUUCACUUCCAGAUCUUUCCAAGCUGUUUGGAACACUGAUAGAUGUUCCCAUUGUUGGAGAUGUGCGACAAGACAAUCUUGAAAUAGAAGAAACUGAAGAUGAACACAUUAAAGAAGGGCCUUCUGAUUCUGAAGACAUUGUGUUUGAAGAAACUGACACAGAUUUACAGGAGCUCCAGGCCUCCAUGGAACAAUUGCUUAGUGAACAGCCUGGAGAAGAAUACAGUGAGGAGGAAGAAUCAGUUUUAAAGACCAGUGAUGCAGAGCAGACUGCGAAUGGGACAGAUUUGGCCGAGGAGGAUGACAAUCCCAGCAGUGGAAGUGCGCUAAAUGAAGAAUGGCAAUCAGAUAACAGUGAUGGUGAAAUUACCAGUGAAUGUGAAUAUGAUAGUGUCUUUAAUCAUUUAGAGGAGCUGAGGCUUCAACUGGAGCAGGAAAUAGGCUUUGAAAAGUUCUUUGAAGUUUAUGAAAAAGUAAAGGCUAUUCAUGAAGAUGAAGAUGAAAAUAUUGAAACUUGUUCAACAGUCAUUCAGAAUAUUUUGGGAAGUGAACAUCAGCAUCUUUAUGCCAAAAUUCUUCAUUUGGUCAUGGCAGAUGGAGCCUAUCAAGAAGAUAAUGAUGAAUAA